AUGGCACAUCGUCGAAAUAAGCAAUCGAAGCACAAACUUCCGCCUAAAACUAGAGAUAUCGAACUGAGCAUAAAUAUAUGGGGAGAUCGUUUUCAAUCAGAGGGAGAAAGAGGACGCCGUCAUCAACUGAAAGAUUUCAAAGGUUUACUGGAGGCUGCUGGGUUCCAAGUUGCGAAAGCGCAGGAGCCAGUGAAUUCUCCGGCCGGGAAUGCCAGAAUUAUCAACAUCGUGUUGAAGACAACGGAAUCUAGAAAAUCGAAGUUUUUUGAGCGAUUUCGACGAGAAUGGUGUUCCUCUAUUUGUCAUCGUGGCGACUCGUUCUGGAUGGAGUCAGAGACUCCCAAAGAUACUUUCAAAUACAAGACAGAUGAGACACGGCAAAUGAUUAGAGUCGCUUCCUUCAGCUUUGGAACAUUUACUACUCUUGGUACGUACGUACAGCACUGGUCAAGUGAACAAGAUUCUGCAUCUAUUCAAGAAGGAAGCAUUGAAAGCGAGUUCCAACAUGAUCUGGGGACUUUCACGAUCUUCAUUUUUAAGGAGGGCGCCAUUGAAGGAUCUAAAGAAAUUAAAUUUGAAAUGGAACACAGGCAGUUUGAAAAUUAUGUCGUCGUUGAUGAAAACGUUGUCAGUAGAAAAAUAAGCUUCUAUUUUCCCCUUCAGUGGCCACCAAAAAUCUUCGAAGGUAAGUAAAAGAAUAUAACAUUGCCUUUUCAAGAAAAAGGAAUGUUAUUUCCUUUUCAUAAAUCACGAUAAGAAAUGUCCAAAGCAAGUAGGUGAGAUAAUGAAGGCACUUCCUUUUUUCAAGUUCUCUGGGUCUUUUGAAUUCAAGAAAUUACAAAAUGAGGUUAGAAAAAUAGCCUGCGCUAAGUUUUCAGUCUUGAAUUAAAAACUUACGUUGCCAACCAUCUUAAUCAAAUGUUUUAGUAUCGCAUGAGAAGAAUUACCGUGAAACGUCUGCCAUCACUCAUUUGUCUUGGUGAUCUUUGUAAAUGACGAAGGAGAAUUAAAGAUCCUUAUAGUGUAAUAUUAUCAGUCGUUCCGAAAUUUAGAUUUAUCACCUUGAGGUUUAAUCAAAAUUCCAUUUGGUAAGGAGUAUCUCCAUUCCUUUUAUAAACAAUAUCCUGGUGUGAGAUAUGUUCAUAAUGUUUUAAUUCUCUAUCGACUGCAGAGGUGACAAUCAAUGACCACACAAACUACGAUCGUUUGACGCAUUUCCUCGGGUGCAGUCGAGAAAUUCUAGGCUCCAGCUCGGUGUUAUGUUUAAAUUUUCCUCUGAAAGAAAGAAUCCUCGAAAGAGAUGAGGCAGAUUCCCCUCUUGGAUUAAUGACUGGCCUUUCACGAAGAGGUAAGCACUAAUCAUGUUUAUACUGAUGACUCUGCUUAAUCACAUCGACCGUGACCAACUUCACCAUUGGGUGUUUUUUUGUUUUUUUUUUUGGUUUUUGUUUCCGUUUUGUUUUUGUUGUUUUUUUCAUUCUCCAGCUCGUGUUUAUUUUUAAGAUGAUAACAGAAAAAACGAAUCAAUCUGAGCUUUUUAAUUCUUAGUUUACUCUGUCGAAAAACUUGCAAGGAAAUUAUUCCAGUUUAAAGUAAUAUUUCGAGCCUGAAAACUCUUGGUAAUUCUUUUACACUAUUUCUUGGGAUAUUUCUGAUAAUGUAAUUUUUUUAUACAACUGUCAUUAAUUUACUUUCCCUUAUUUUUAAGUUAUAUCGUUAUUUUCACGUUAUUUAGGGACCAGUCAAUAUUUAUUGUCUUGGCAGGGGGGAGGCAUGUUUAUAUCGUUAUUUUUUACGUUAUUUAGGGACUAGUCAAUAUUUAUUGCCUUGGCAGGGGGGAGGAUUUUAUGGGGGAUCACUUGGUUUUAGGGUUUGGGGGAAACGAAGUGGGGACCAGUCGUCGCUUAUCAUAGAAAAUUGACAGUCAACGAGGGGUGAUCAUUGGAAUAAUACAGAGCUAAGGGGGAAUCAGGUAAAUUUUAUUGGGAGACAAACAAAUUCCUACGACCAUUCACUUUUCCCACCCCCCUCCCCCCCAGGCAAUAAAUAAUGAGCAGUCCUUUAUUAAAUAACUUUUUCUUCUGUGAUUUCUCAUGCAGUUUAUUUAUUUACUUUUCAUACGAUUAUAUGUUAAAUAUUUUGUUGCUUUAUCUUUAAAUUAAUUACUUAUCUGCUUAUUUUCCCAGCUAUCUGUUCAUAAAUAUAUUCACUCAUUUCCAGGCUUUUCUCUUUGUUUUGCGAAUAUAAAGACAAACUUUCCCCGAGGAAUCACGGAGGUUCCAAGGAAACCGACGCUCUCUGACCCUAAAAUCAUGUACGCUUUAGAAUGUCUUCUGUCUCGAGGCUUCAAAGUUCGUGAUCGUAUUUCUCGAAAGUUUUACGACUUGUUAAGAAACGCCACAGACAGGUACGGCUCACUCCAAGAGAAUAACCUUGUAUCUCCUGAAAAAGUUUGCAAAGCUCUGUACAGAUUGGUCAGUAUUGUGGAGACGGAUCGAUUCUGCCCUUUAGUGCAUUACCUUGAAAAGUUGCUCUAUGGAGACAUGAUGCAUCUGACGGCAUUUGAAUUUGAGAUUCCGAAGCAUUACGCAUACGUACCUCGACUCAUCGUUACUCCCACUCAAGAUUACCUUCUGCCCGCAGAAUUGGUGGCAGAGAACCGUGUCAUCAGGGAGUAUGGGCACGAGAGAGCGAUGCGCAUUGCAUUCCGGGAGGAAGACUUUUCUAAGCUCUCAUCAACUCACCCAGAAGGUCUAAAACACGUGUUAAAAGAACGCGUGGUAGAACUGCUCUCCAAAGACGUCCACAUUGCUGGGAGAAAGUUCGAGUUCCUGGCUUGUUCCAAUAGUCAGUUACGUGAUCAUGGUGCAUGGCUGUACGACACGGAAGGAGAGCACAGAGCCGCUGACAUAAGAGGAUCGCUAGGACAGCUUAAUGAAAUCAGAUGCGUUGCCACCUAUGUAUCUCGCAUGGGUCAGUGUUUCUCGUCCACAAAAGAGGCUGUCACAGUCAGUAUUGAAGUGGGUUGCAAGGUGGAAAAAAUUCCAGAUGUAGAAGUAGAAUACAACAAUGUUUAUUUUGAAUGUUGUCGCAACUUAAGAUCUGGAAAAUACACCUUUAGCGAUGGAGUUGGGAAAAUCAGCAGGGCUUUGGCUGAGAAGGUAUGUAACAACAAUAUAUCGAUCAGAUUUUUUCUGGCCUUUUUUUACACCUAAAAUUUUACGAUAUAAGUCGUAUUUUUUCAGUGUUAGGAAACAGUUCUUUUUUCACGUCACUUCAUCAGAUUCAAGAAUCCAAAAUGGAAAAUUCGUGAUAGGAGCGUUUUGACAAAUAUCUGAGUUUGGGAUAUAUCACUGACCUGCCGAUAUCCUCUUUUCAAUGUCAGGUAGCAGAUAGCCUCAGUUUAGAACCUACUCCCUCAGCUUAUCAGAUUCGUUACGGUGGUUGUAAAGGAAUGCUGGCAAUAGAUCCCAGGCUCCCAAACGGAGAUAACCAGGAAAUCCUGCAAUAUCGUAAGAGUAUGGAGAAGUUCAACUCAAAGCAUUCUGCUCUGGAGAUAUGUGAGGCAACGAAGCCGAGUAAGUUACCCUGUCAUUGUUAUUCGUUGGAGUGUCUUGGAAUGUUGCAAUUCGAUCAUUGAACUCUAAAAUGGCAUUUGAACCCUAAAUUUCUUGAAUAAAUUCUCCAUGUUCGGUACAUAAACUAAACUUCUAUUACUAGUAAUAAAUGCAAAUGCUAAAGGAUAUAAAUGGUUGCAAUCCAAAUCAAACCGUGCCUCUACAUCUGCAGAUUUCGAAUGCAACCAGACAUGACCUAGUAGUUAAAAUUUUCCUUUUUUGCAACUGAUAACGAGCACUUCUUGUAGAAAUUCUUGUGUUUUUCGCAGAUUUUAAUAAUCAAUCCCCAGUUUAGUCAUAUUACAGAGCUGUUAUCCGACUUAGAUGAAACUGCUGAUGAAAUUAUUAUUGCCCUCUAUUCAUAUCAAAUUUUAGAUCUUUUGUACCUUAACCGUCAGUGUAUCAUCCUGUUGAAUGGCCUCGGAGUUCCGGACGAGUCGUUUAUCAGUCUUCAAGACAAAAUGCUCCGUAGCUUGGCCUUAAUGUUGCUGUUUGAAACAGUAGCACUAGAAACUCUUCAACGAGCCAACAUUCCAGGUGGUUUGAAGAUUACAGCCUUAUCACGCAGUGGUUUGAACGUUACCCGAGAACCGUUCUUCCGCUCUUUGUUGCUGGCCAUAUAUAAAAGUCGGCUGGGGGAAUUAUUGCGAAGGGCCCGGAUUGCUAUCCCAGAAACCCAUGGUCGUCUCUUGAUGGGCGUCAUAGACGAGACCGGUUCUUUAGAAUAUGGUCAGGUGUUUGUUCGAUACUCGAAACUGGUUAGUCAACCAGGAAAGCAGCUGGAAAUACUGAAAGGCAAAGUGGUAAUAAGCAAGAAUCCUUGUUUUCACCCAGGUCAGUAUAUGACUGGUUCUUAAAAGUAUUUUAUUCCAUUUCUAGGGUUCUUUUGGUUACAACUCUCAAAUCAUUAAUUAGGAUUUCUGUUAUUUACCUUUCCAUCAUACAUAACACCUUACAAAGGAUUUUGACACCCUACAAAGGAUUUUGACACCCUACAAAGGAUUUUAAUACCUUACAAAGGAUUUUGACUUCGUAAAGUGUAAAGUGAACCUCCACCUCACUUUUGCCACUUAAUUUGUGUUUGUUUAUAGGUGACAUGCGCAUAUUUGAAGCAGUGGAUAUCCCAGCUCUUCACCACUUGGUCGACUGCCUUGUUUUUCCCGCCAAAGGCCACAGGCCUCACUCAGAUGAAAUGUCUGGUUCAGAUCUCGAUGGAGAUAAGUAUUUUGUCACGUGGUAUGAAAAGCUUCUCCCACGAAAAGAUAACGUUGCCCCAAUGGACUUCACAUCCCCGGAGAAGAUGGAGCUACAAAGACCCAUAGAAGUGUCUGACAUGAUUCAGUUUGUGGCGGAAUACAUUAAAAAUGAUCAACUUGGUAUCAUUGCAAAUGCUCAUCUUGUCCAUGCAGACCACGAUGAGGAAGGUAAGCUGUUUUAAUUAACGUAUUAAGAUGAACUGAAUGAACUUUCACCAUACUAAGAAUGCAUGGAUGACAAUAUCCAGAGAGAAAAUUAAAACAUUGAAGAGAUGUAACCUUUUUAAACUAAUAUACAGUCAGAGUUCCAAUUAAAAAUUGUUAGUAUCUUUUUUUCAGUUUAUUUUACAUCAAGCAUCGACACCUCAAAAUAUUUCAAACCAGUAACCUCGUGUAACUGACCGUAGUAGUGUGCAUGACGCGUGGACGCGUAUCGUGUGUGAACCUAGGUAGCGAUCUGUCAAUUAUGGGGGGGAACCGUUGGUGCGAAUGGGGGAAGGGUCAUGACAUUUUAUGCAACCAAAACAAGUAGGGUUACCAUCAAUUUGUGCAGUGCUCUUGGGGUUAUGGUGUUGAGUUCAAAAGAUAAGACAACUGUGGAGACAGUGAUGCGAAUCACCGAUCAUCUGAGAUAAUAAUUGCAUGUAUUUUGUUCAAAUUGUAACAGAUCUUCCACAAUCAGUUUGUAUAUAAGUGAGGCGCUCACUCGAAGCUUUCAAUAAUGUAACAUUCCUUCAUUUAAGGUGUGUUUUCGGACGCCUGUAUCCGUUUGGCUCACAUGCACUCGGAUGCCGUAGAUUUUCCAAAAACAGGAAAGUGUCCGUCUUUGCCCAAAGAGUUGAGGCCAGAUCAGUACCCAGACUUCAUGAUGAAAUCCGGGAAACCCCGCUACAAGUAAGUUUUGCCGAUGACAACCAAAAUUGGACGAAAGAUAUCUAACUCUUUUUUUUUAAUUCGAAUCAUGGUUUGUAUCUCAUUUAGAAUCCAGCUCCCAGUUGGCUUGUUAGCUCAGUUGUUAGGGCACUGCACUGGUAUCGCAGAAGUCAUGAGUUCAAAUCCCGUACAGGCCUGAAUUUUUUUCAGGCCUUAUUUUCGCUACUGCUCAAGUAGUGUUAGGAACCCAAUGGGCUUUUAGUAGUGUUUAUUACCGCGAAGAUCGCUUUCAUAUUUACGUCUUUAUCUGCAGUCCACAUGUAUGAUUUUCAUAUGUUCACUGUGACUGUAGCCAGCCCAGUCCGCGAUUAGGGGAUUUACACUCGUUUAGAGUGCUUUUUUCUUCCCUUUCGCGGUCCUAAGGCUGGACAAGAUAAAGAAGUAUAUUUCUAAUAUACUACUAAGUUUAAUUAGCUCUGUAUUAUUUCGAAUUUUCUUUUUACGUUUUUUUUGUAGCGUCGUUCGAUAAACAUUCGCAUCAUGUCAUAAGUAGACCUUUUCCAUUUAUUUAAUUUUUACGGCUUCCGCUUGAGGUCAGUAAAGUCUACCAUCCAUAACUUCAGUCAGUUGUUUUUUUAAUCUAUGUAGUUACAUUCACAGUCAGUAACACUUUACGAUGAUGCUAUAUAAAGUAUACCCAAACGACCUCAUGGCAGCAUGUAGACGAAUUAUAGCGAUCCACUUCCGAGAAAUGGCUACACCAUAAGACAAAUAAUAAUUUCCUACGCGUCCAUGAAGAAAAUGGACUUUUUUAUAACAUUUCUGCUCCAGCCAGCAGAUUGUUGUGUUGAAUACGCUAUUACAUCGAAAAUUAAAUCUCUUGAAGGACUAUGUUAAGUGUUCUACAAGGCGAAAAAUUUAACGCUGUAGAUGUGUUCUGCCACACUUCAACAAAUAAAAUAUUCUUUUUUUUUAUUUUCAGUUCUCAAAGGAUCCUGGGAAAACUCUUUCGCAAGUGUAAAUCCCUUGAUCGUGCCCAGCAGUUCUCAGCUGAGGCCUCUCAGAGCCAGAUCAUUCCCGACCCCGACCUGAUCGUUCAAGGGUAUGAGCACUAUCUUGAAGAGGCCGAAGCAGUGAGAAUUCACUACAACACCAAGCUCGAUGGGCUGAUGUCUUUAUAUGGCUUAAGAAAUGAGGGAGAAGUGAUAACCGGCUGCCUUGUUAAGGUAAACACUCGCCUCGCUGGAAAAACCGAUGAAAAAUUUGAAGUGGCGCAGAUGAUUCAAGCAAGUCUAUCCACGCUACGUGCAAAAACGCGGCACGAUUUUUAUGAUGAAUUUGGCGGGGAAGAUGAAGUGAUGGAGGAGUUUGAAGAAAAUGGUCAUUUUGCCGAAGAGAUUUUGCAGAAAGCCUCGGCAUGGUACAUGACAACUUAUGGAGACAGAGGUGAAGGUGAAGUCCAGAGAACAGCUUCGUCUACAGAUCCAAAUCAGCAACGGGAGAAAGGAGACCGGAAAAGAUUGCUCAGCUUUCCUUGGGUGGUCGACCGUGUCCUGGCAAAUAUCAAAAAAGGUAAAAAACAAGAGCGGGAGAGGGAUGGAACCCAAGCCCAACAUGCCAUGGGUGCAGUCGGUGACCUCAUAACAGAUCAAACAGCUUACUUUUUUGAUAAGUUGAAAUCAGAGCUUGUUGAUACUCGGAAGGUUCAAAUUGAAGAGCGAGAUAAGCUGAAGGAUACGCUUAACCUUCUACUUGGAGAGGCCCGGGCGCCGCGGCUGGCUUUGUUCGACUCGUCGUUGACCGGAAUCUCCGUGGGCGACGAACAGACGUCUGUCGGGAUUUAUAUCCAUGUCAAGUGGAAUGCAUCUGAGAAGGAGCAAUAUGAGUACCUCCAAUGGCUAGGCAGAGCACUCAGCCGGGAGGGUGAAGUCAAGAUGCAACGACAUCCUUUGGUUCUGCAUUUUCAACGCGGCUCCUCUCAAGGUACAUAAAUUAAAUUAUAUUCAAAGAUUCACAACAAGAUGAUAUUGUUUUUAACAUUACCUCUAAUUUCUAUGGAUUAAAUGUCUCUGUUAUACCACAUUGGAAUGGUCUCGAGAGCUUUGAAAUACAUCCUGAUAUUUUAAUCUAACUCGCCAAGUAGUAGAAAAAAGAAAACAUCCUUUCUUUGCAUAACUAUCUAGGUCUCAAGUUAUUGAGGCAGGACUUCUACAUCACAGCAGACUCUAACAGAUUUCAAAAGAGUGCUUAUGUCAGUAUGCAGGUUCAGCGGUGUCCUCGACUCCUUCAUCUGCUGCUGAUUUUGAUCCACUGGGGGCGUCGACGGCGUAUUAUUGGGAACUCGAGGAACAGCUUCCUGUCAGACGAAAAUCUGGCCACCAUUUUUCUCGUAUUUUGUGAGGAAUCUGACUUUAUUAAUAAGGUAAGUCUCAUGUACUCGUGCAUUAGUGAUUUUCGGAAAGAAAAAAUGAAAGUUGCUAGUUGCAGAGCGUAAGGGUGCGUUCCUUUGGGAGGAUCCGGAUUUGAAUUUGUGAUCCAAGAUCACACAGAUCACGGUGCAUCAAAGGAACGGAGCUUUAGUUCAUCGGAUUAGUUACCAUGACAGCAGGCGCGAAAUUGUAGAGCGCGUCAGCGGAAUCGCGCGAUAAAUUUAAAAACAAAAACAAGAUGGCCGUCGCGUAUAGAGCAGCUGUUGUUUCGUGAGUAGAGGAACUUUCCGAUCAUUCAAUUCUACAAGAAGCGAGAAGCAGUGAAGAUGAAGAAUUUCUAUUUUUUCUCUUGAAAAGGAAGAUGCAAAGCCAUGUCCGCUCUGAGAAUUAUUUCGAACGUAUUAAACAAUUCUCCUGUGUUGGGAACCCUGAAUGCCGGCGAUCAGUGGCCGAUCGAUUUAACAUUACAAAAUUGAGUGUAUUUCGUGUUUAUCACAGAAUUUGUGGAGCGAUCCCCAACAAUCUUUCCGGUCAAUAUAUGAGGUACCUACAUGUUUGAAAUUGGGCACCGCUGGGCAAAAUGAUUAAUUUCUGAUCCUUCUCCCAAAGGAACGCGUUGGAUCAAUGAUCCAAUGAUCCAAUGAUCCGUCUUUAGAUCGCGCAGACCGGUGAUCCGAUGAAUCCUUGUCCAGAGUGGAUUUGAUAGAUAACUGAUCUUAAAAUGAAUUUGCUCGAAAGGAACGCCGCAGAUCAGAAAUCCUGAUCCGGAUUCUCCUAAAGGAACGCACCCUAACUUUCAAUUAUUAUCUGGAAACGAAAGUAAGGGAAAAUGAUUUAGAGGGAGGACUUUAUGCGUCCUGAGAAAGGGUAUCACCGUCUUAAGAAAAAUUUCGAUAAAACAUCUUCAUGUCAUUCUUUCAUUCAGUCUAAAAAUGAAAGUUUUUUUUUUCACUUUUACCGCCAGGACGUCAGUCACAUUCCCCUUUUUAUCAUACUUUUUUUAUUAGCUAAGCAGCGCUGAUAUGCAGAACUUCUCUUCACGCCAUCUUGGUUUACCGUCCAGCGUCGAACAAACCGAGGCUGAGAGGGUGUGGAGCAAUGAAGUGCUGGGAGAAGAUUAUCAGGAAAGACUAAAAGGUCUCAAAGGCGACAAAACUCCAGGUCAUCUGUUGAUCAAAUUUUUUGAGCAUUACAGUUUAGUAGCAGACGAUGAUCCCCUUCAUAUACGAAUUAUGACAAAUCCAGUGAAAAGCCUGGAAACGCUUUGUCCAAACGUUUCUACAGAAGAAAGUAAUCGCUUUUCCGAUGCUGCUCUUCAUGCGUUCCAUGAACUUGCACAGUGUUGUGGUCUGGAUAGUUUUACUGCAUCAAGACAUACAGAGAGCACGCGUGAGCUAAAAGAAACGCUGUCCAUGCCCAACACGACUUGGGGCGCGCUCCGCUUUGCUGAAGAAUUCGUGAGAGUCAAGUUAUCGACUCUAACGUCAGCUCAGAUCUCCUUAAGACCAGGUAAUUUGUUUCGAUUUCAAGAAGUUUUAGAUCAUUUAAUCUGGUGUUUUGGUACGCGUAAAAAGAGAAUCAAUCGAGGGAAAUAAAACGUGGAAUCUUGCACAUUUUUCAACAUACCGGUAUGGAUGACGGUUUUGAUGGAGAGGGCUGGUUGCUAGGUUAAUAGUUGAUUUGAUCAUCCAGGAUGCCGGUUACCUAAUUUAAAUGGUUCAUUUAGUUGCGCAGGAUGCCAGCUAGCUAAUUUGAAUGGUUCAUUUGGUCGCCCAGGAUGCCGGUUAGUUAAUUUAAAUGCUUCAUUUGGUUGCUCAGGAUACCGGCUAGCUAAUUUGAAUGCUUCAUUUGGUUGCUCAGGAUACCGGCUAGCUAAUUUGAAUGCUUCAUAUGGUUGGUGAAUGGCUGUUCAAAUGAUGGAUUGGUUGGUUGCUUGGUUGAUGUGGUCAUUUCAUUAAUUGUUUUGUUUUAAUGGGUGAUUAAAUUGAAGGGUUGAUCCAUAUUUUGGGUUGGUUUGUUGGUUGGCUGGCUGCCUUGCAUUUAUUUUUUCGUAGAUGUUCUGGCUGGUUGUAUCAUUUGUUGGUUUGGUUGCUUGGUUGUUUUUUAAGCUGUCAGCUUUUAUUGCUUUAUUCAUUUGUUUCCUUUUUGUAUUUCAUAGAUGGUUUGGUUAGUUGAAUCAUUUGCUUGUUUGGUUGGUUGUCUGGUUUUUCGGUUGGUUGCGUCCGAUUGUUUCUUCAUUUAUUUAUUUCGUAAAUGGUUUGGUUGUUUGUUUCAUUAAUUAUUUUGUUGCUUGAUUGUUUGGUUGGAAAUAUUUGGAUACUGCUAGAUUGAUCGGUAAAUUAAUUUAGUCGGUCAGUAUGUUGAUUCAGUUGAUACAGUUGGUCCUGAUUGGCUGAUUAACUGAUUCGGUCUGUUGAUAAGAACCAAGUGACAAAGAAACUAGAUACAACGUCUCCGAGUGUAUACAUAAGCUUUCCUUCAUGCGCAAAUCUUCUCACUUAUUCACAAUUUCAGAGUUUAGAGUGCUUAUGAUCAUAAUAUUUUUUCCGCUGGAUCGCGAUUCGGUUGCUGAAUUAGUCCGCUUGCACUAACGCCAAAAUGAUAACAAGAUAUCUGUUAUCAAUGGGUGUAACCUGACAUUAUGAAGCUGGUCAAAAGCCUCUCUUUUUUUAUGUAACUCCCUCCAUUUGGUACGCUCUAUGUAAGACUUCAAAGAACUCCUGUUAGUUCAAGAUGAUGUAUGCAUUAUUGAUCUCCCCAAAUGAUAUGUUAUGGCCUUUUUUUCCUAGACACGACACCAGUAAACUUACCUCGUGAAUGAGUUCUAAUAGGACUGUUAUUUUUUAUUUUCAGCUCAGAAUGGUUACAUUCUUGAGGCCACAGGAAAUUACCUUACGUUGCACACCGUUCAAAAUGAAUUGGAGAAGAUUGAAACGACUUGCAGGUCCUACAUUUAUGACCAUACCGUGAGUGGGGCUAGUCGGUUUCUGUUCUUGGACCAAAAUGGGCCAAAUGAUAUGGUCAAUUUUAAGCAGCUGCAACGAGGGGACUAUGCGGUGAAUCUAGACCCGUUGAAUGGAUUACUACGGCAUGGCCUCGGCCUUGACGAUGGGCCCAACAGCGAUUUGGUAGAACAGAAAUUUCUAAGCUUGAUUUCCUCUCAAAUGGGGGUUUUUAAGCAGGAGUAUCUACCCUACGUUCACGGUGCUGAUAGACUAAUGAUCAGGGUGGAAUUUGGUAGCAUUUAUGUCCAAAACGCACGAUUUGAUGCACCAAGGGUUGGAGCCGUUGAGGAUAUUCUGAGUCAGAACGCAGAUUCCACAAACCGGCCCGGGUCUAGUCAGGCCCAAAAACGGAAGUUGAUGACACAUAAGUUCAUACCAGUUUUAGAUUGCGGUGAGAGCUGGACUGCGGCGUUCCCGACAAUCUUACAUGAUAGCUUUGCAGAAACGUACACCCUGGGAAUAAAGGAAGGUAGAAACCACACCAAAACCGUUCGCUAUGACAGCGAGUUGCAGUUCUGUGACGUAGACAUUCCACCUAUUAACUGGGUGGUAGCAGACGUCAAAGCUCCGCGCCAUGCACGUGCGAAGUCACGUGACAUAGAUUUCCGCGUCACCGUCUGCUCUCAAAGAAAACUUGAAGAUGAUAAAGACGAAGUCAUGAGCUCACCCGGUUACGAAAUGUUUAGCACAAAAUCAAUCCUCAGCAAACCAGGCAAUAUGAGUUUGGAUUUGGAGCUGGCAAGCGGCUUCCAAACGAAAGUUUCUUAUGUCAGACAUGAUAAGACCUCGAUCUAUAAAAUCUCUGACGGAAAUCUGUUCCUUCAAGUAAAGGAAGUAAUGAAAUAUGAAGGAAAAGGUUCGAGGUUUCUUAAACCCUCCAAAAACUCCACAGAAGUUAAAAUAUUUGGAUUUUUUGAUGGUAAAGGUGACCCGGAAGAGGCAAUGAAGGUGUCCAGGAACUUAUGGUCAGCGGCUAAAAGGCUGAGACCACACAUUAGAUAA